AUGCUGGAUCUAGUGAAGGUGCUUCUCCUUCUUCCAAUUGCAUGUGGAGUAGGUAACCGUAAGUGCCCCACUAACAUUCCUAUAGCUGUCGAACAUGAAUGGUAUCAAGGAGGUGACCUCCUCAUUUGUGGGAUGACUUCUCAUAUCAUUUACCAUUUUAGUGAAGUAUCCUUCCGAAUACAUCCUUCUCAGGAGUUAUAUGAUUUUCCAAAUUUUGUGACAAAGUUCCACCAGCAUGUCCUUGCCUUGGUGUUUGCAGUGAAUGAGAUCAAUGAGAAUCCAAAUAUCUUGCCCAAUGUAACACUUGGGUUCCACAUCUAUGACAGCUACUAUGAUGCUAUGAUGACCUAUCGUACCACCCUGGACAUGCUCUUCAAAUCUCAUAGAUUUAACCCCAACUACAAGUGUGGCAUCUGUAACAGACUCAUCAUUGUCAUUGGGGGACUUAGCUCUGAUACUUCCUUCCAUAUUGCAGAUAUCUUAAGACCCUACAAGAUUCCACAGAUCACAUAUGGAUCGUUUGCGCCAGGAAAAAGUGAAACAAAACAAUCCAAUUCCUUUUACCGCCUGGUGCCGAAUGAAGACCAUCAAUAUAUGGGAAUUAUUCAGUUACUUCUACAUUUUGGAUGGACAUGGGUUGGCAUCUUUGCUGAAGAUGAUGAUGGUGGAGAACAUUUCUUGUCGACCCUGGAACCAUUCCUUUCCAAGAACAGAAUCUGUUCAGCCUUUACAAAAAGAAUCCCCAAACAAGCACAUACGGUUUCCAUGGAUGAAGUUCAUGAUGUAUUUUCAAAUAUUUAUCCAGCUUUGAUGGAGAAUAAACCUAGCAUACUGAUCCUGUAUGGAGGUUCAUUGACCAUCAUGUUGUUACUGUCUAUUACUUGUCUCCCCCAUACUGAAUACAAGGAAAAUGCAUCAGUUACAAAGGUGUGGAUUAUGACAGCACAGAUUGAUAUCAUAUUAACAGGUCUUCAGAGGUUCUUUGAUAUACAGCUCUUCCAAGGAGCUAUCUCCUUUAGCAUUCACACAAAAGAGUUGCUAGGCUUCCAGGAAUUUCUUCAGACCAUAAAGCCCUACAGCACCAGUGCAGAUGGUUUUCUCAAGGAUUUCUGGGAGCAAGCAUUUGUCUGUUCAUUUCCAAAUCCCCAAGAGCUGGUGGAUGAAGAUGAACUUUGUACUGGGGAAGAGAGGUUAGACAGCCUGCCUGAUCCAGUUUUUGAAAUGAGCAUGACUGGCCAUAGCUAUAGUAUUUACAAUGCUGCCUAUGCUGUAGCUCAUACCUUGCAUGCCAUCUCAUCAAGAUGCCACCACAGAAGAAUGACUGAUCUGGAAAAACAUGAACUCCAUUAUCUCCAGCCUUGGCAGCUGCAACCAUUUCUGCAAGGGAUUUCAUUCAAUAACUCAGCUGGAGAAACAAUAUCAUUUAAUGCUAAAGGGGAAAUGGGAGGUGGAUUUGAUAUCAACAACAUGGUCAUCUUCCCAAACAGAUCCUUCCAGAGAGUGAAAGUUGGAGGUGUGAGUGAAGGAAAACGAUUCAUCAUUCAUAAGGCCAUGAUUAUAUGGCCAAGAGGUUUUAACCAGGGGAUCCCCAUUUCAGUCUGCAGUGACUCCUGCCAAUCUGGGUAUUGGAAACAAAAGAAGGAGGGGAAGAAAUUUUGCUGUUAUGACUGUGCUUUAUGCCCUGAUGGGAAGUUUUCAGACCAAAAGGAUAUGGAUGACUGUCUCCAGUGCCCAGAAGAUCAAUAUCCAAGCAAGGACAAAGAUCAAUGUUUUCCAAAGCAUCUAACUUUUCUAUCUUUCAAAGAGCCUUUAGGGAUCAGUUUAGCUUCUGUUGCUGCAUCCUUUUCCUUUAUCACAGCUUUGGUUCUAGUAACUUUUAUUAAACACAAAGACACCCCCAUUGUCAAAGCCAACAACCGGGACAUCAGCUACAUUCUGCUUCUCUCUCUCCUCCUCUGCUUCCUCUGUUCUCUGCUGUUCCUUGGACAACCCAAUAAUGUGACUUGCAUUCUACGGCAACCAGCUUUCGGCAUCAUCUUCUCUGUGGUUAUUUCUUGUGUGAUGGCUAAAACCAUCACUGUUGUGGUCGCUUUCAUGGCCACCAAACCAGGAUCCACCUUGAGGAAGUGGGUGGGGAAAAGUCUGGCCAACUCCAUUAUCUUUUCUUGCACCCUCAUUCAAUCAGGAAUUUGUGUUUUGUGGUUGGCAACCUUUCCCCCAUUCCCAGAUCUCGACAUGCACUCUCAGAGCAAAGAGAUCAUUGCAUUAUGUAAUGAAGGCUCUGUCCUCAUGUUUUAUUUAGUUCUGGGCUACAUGGGAUUUCUGGCCAUCAUCAGCUUCACAGUGGCUUUCUUUGCUAGAAAGCUGCCAGACACUUUUAAUGAAGCCAAGUUCAUCACUUUCAGUAUGCUGUUGUUUUGCAGUGUUUGGCUAACUUUUGUUCCAACCUACCUGAGCACCAAAGGGAAAUACAUGGUGGCUGUGGAGAUCUUCUCCAUCUUAGCUUCCAGUGUUGGAUUACUUGGUUGUAUCUUUUCCCCCAAAUGCUAUAUUAUCAUUUUUAGGCCAGAGUUGAAUGACAGGGAACAGCUAACAAAGAGAAAGAAUUAUUGA